AUGAAAGCCUCAAAUGUCUUUCUUGCCGUCUUCCCUGGCCUGGCCAUUGCUGCUCCGGCUCUCGACGCCCGUCAAAACAUUGAUAAGGCGAAUGAGGCACUGAAAGCGCUUGACGACCAGACUUCAGCCGUAAAGGCAGACACAGAGAAAAAUCUCCAGGACCAAGCAUACAGACAGGCAGUAUGGACUGCGAGGGUUAACCGAGAGGUUGAUUUCUCGGAUAAAUUAGCAGAGCUUCUAAAAGACCAAACGGAGGCAAAAGAUGUGUUGAAUCAAUUGAAGGAUGAAAUUAUUGAGUCAAAGAAGAGUGCUGUUGAAGCACCCGCGAGACUGGAAAAACAGAGACAGAAGCGAGAGCAGAACAUUCAGGACUAUGAGAAUAUUGCGAAUGACUUAAGGGAGGCAUUCAGGACUAUGAGAAUAUUGCGAAUAACUUAA